AUGGACUCAGUCCUAUCAAAUUCUCAGGGAGCUCGCUCCCAAUCUCAGAUCCCAUCGGAUCAAAUCACUUCGGAUGUCAGCAGUGCCAAAACUGCAGACACAUCGAAAAACCCGAUCACCUCGCCAACUGGCAGCAGCCAAACUGCUAGUAGAUCGAGCGUCCUGAUCGAUCCGGUUAUCACCUCCGCGGCAGCGAACUCGAAUGUUCCAGCCCGCGUGAAACCAUCGGUGAUCAACCUCGUCACUCCUGUGACAGCCGAGAACUCGAUUCUACCGAAUCAGAUCUCGCACGCAAUUGAGAGACCUCAUUUGCGGAUUCGGGUCAAAUCUAAAGAUUUCCCGAUUACCUCGACACCGAUCAGUCGGAAAACUCCGACUCAAACUGUGUCAACGUCGUUUGCCUUGGCUCGACCGAAUCCGGACGACCAAGCCCGAAUCAAGCGAAUGCUCACCGACCUGAUUAACAGUCAAUACGACCAAAAAAUCAGCUCGACUCUUCACCAAUCUACGAACCUAACAGCUCGUCGAAACGGGAUGAGGCACCACGCGCGCUCGCGUCUUCCAGACUCUCAUCCCACCGAUAGUUUAAACAGCUCGUCGAAACGGGAUGGGCGCCACCGCGCGCUAAUGUCUUCGAGACUCUGUCCCACCGAUGAGUUCAAUAAACAGCUCGUCGAAACGAUGAGGCGCCACUGCGCACUCGUGUCUCCAGACUCUCGUCUCAUCGAUGAGCUCGCCAAUGAGCAGCUUGAACAUUCCUGA